AAGCUUCACAGAACCUCCAACCAAGAAACUGAAAUCGCUCUCUCUCACAAUUUCCAUAAUUCACAAACUGAACUUCUCAGCUCACCCUCCCACUCAAGUAAUCAAAACCAUGUCCAACAUUUCUGAAGAGCAACUCCAACAGUUCAUCUUUGAUGCAUUGGAAGGUCCCCAGUUGCCAUCCAAACCUUCCACAAGACAAUCGUCCUCCAAACGAGGAAAAAGUAAAGGCAAAGAAACCCGCAAGGCACCCAAAAGACCUUCCGAGAUUAUGGUUCCUUGUGCUAGAUUGGAUCCCCAAGAAAUUGUGUCUCUCCUCGAAAUCUAUGCAAGCUCAGAUGGUGGCAAAGCCGAGCUCUUACUUGAUUCAUUGAAGAAUUCAAGCACUGAGGUUGAGUACCACAGCAGCAACCACAACAGAGUGAGGAGAGGAAAAGCUCCAAAGGCGGCAUAAGGGGUGUUCUUACUCCCUCAAUUGUAUCAACAUGAUGCAUUCCUUUUAUGCAUAAACUCUGGGCCUUGAUUUGCAUCCUCAGUUGGCUUGGAUAGCAACUCUUGGCGAAACGAGCGUUACAAGGUUUCUCACAGCACAGCAAACACUUUUUGGAAAUCUUCCAUAAUUUAAUCAUAAGUUUACGUAAAAUAAUUUCCAUUAUUUUAGGC